AUAUACAUAUAUAUAUUGUGGUGAAACAGAAGUGUAAACAUAAAAAGGAAUUAAGUAAUUCUUUCAAGAGAAGAAAAUCUAAAUUAUACGUAAAUAUUAUACACAUAUAACAUAUACACAUACAAGCACUGCGCAAAUUGAGAAGACAAUGUCCAGCAAUCCUCAGUGGAAAACGUUCCAGCCGCCAAUCAUGAACUCUGACCCAGCAAUACUUGACUAUAAGUCUAUGGCUAUACCAAGUCCUAAAGCCAUAACGGGAUCUCAUCAGUCGACGACUAACAACUAUCGAAAUGGUACCAACUACAGUGGUGAUCACUAUAUGGGUUCACCUCCUGAAUGCGGUAAAAAUUCUACUACUACUAACUAUGGAAGUUAUCCUGGUGCACAAACAUCACCACGCAACGGCGCCACAAGAUUUCCAUUUGAAUUCACGAGCAUGGAGACGAAUGCUGGUUACACUGGCGAACCUGCGGCAAAUAAUCCUUCCUAUCAGGAUCAGUCUGCGAAUCAAGGGACACGAGAAACUGGAAUAAUCGAGAAAUUAUUGCAUUCUUAUGGGUUCAUACAAUGCUGUGAAAGACAGGCAAGACUGUUUUUUCAUUUUAGCCAAUUUAGUGGUAACAUAGAGCAUUUGAAGAUUGGAGAUCCAGUGGAGUUUGAAAUGACUUACGAUCGGCGAACAGGCAAGCCUAUUGCUAGUACUGUUAGCAAGAUCGCUCCAGUGGCAUUAGGUGAUCAACGAUGCAUCGGUAAUGUAACAACGGAAUUACAAGCGAGCGGUGACUCACAAGGACGUAUCAGUUAUGAAAAUCGAGGAGAAUGCUUUUUUCUGCCAUAUACCAAAGAUGAUGUCGAAGGGAACGUCACUUUGCGUGCUGGUGAUAAAGUGUCAUUUCAAAUUGCUACCAAUCAACGAGGAAACUUGGGCGCGUGUCACGUAAGGCUGGAGAAUCCAGCACAUCCGGUUCGUUAUCGCGGAGUGGUGUGUUCAAUGAAAGAAAAUUUUGGUUUUAUUGAGCGUGCCGACGUAGUUAAGGAGAUAUUCUUCCACUUUAGUGAGGCCAAGUCAAUGAAAGAGGAACUUAGGCUAGGAGAUGAUGUGGAAUUUAUAAUACAGACACGCAAUGGAAAAGAGGUAGCUUGUAACAUUACAAAGUUACCACCCGGCUCAAUCGUAUUUGAAGAAGUCAGCAAUGAAGUGGUGAAAGGACAAGUGUUAAAACCGUUAGAGAGAGGUACCGCAGCUCGUCAUCAAAAUGACCCGUUACCUGGACGUAUCCGAUAUAGAGACAGUGAAGAUCAUUCUGAAGUUGAGGUACCUUUUGGUGAUAAGGAUCAGAAGGGAGAUUUUACACUUAGGCAUGGAGACUGGGUUCAGUUUCGUAUUGCAACAGACACGAGAGAUCAGCUCAAAAGAGCUACAGAGAUAUUAUUAUUACCAGAAUCUUUCACUGUGUCUGGGGAAAGACGGGAGCAAGGUAUUAUCGCCGCUCUUAAGGACGGAUUUGGCUUUAUUCGUUGUGUAGAUCGAGAUGCGAGACUUUUCUUUCACUUUAACGAGGUUCUCGAUGUUGAUAGAGAAAUUAGUGUAGGGGAUGAAGUUGAAUUUACGAUCAUACAAGACCCUUCAUCAUCAUUCUCGAAUAAUCGACAAAGUGCUAUUAGGCUGAAACAUUUGCCAGCUGGUACCGUACAAUUUGAAACUAUUAUAGAGACGGAUAUAUUAGGUACUGUAAUACAGGACACAAGUUCAGUCGAACCUGGCCUUAUUGGUUAUGGCCAGCAGAAGAGCAUUAUUUUCUUCGCUAAAGAUUGCGACCCUAAAAAUAUCCCGAAAUUGAAUGAUAAGGUGAUGUUCAGUGUUUGUCAAGUAAAACGAAAUAAAGAACUUGUUGCUGUUGACAUAUUUUUAAUAAAUGCUGCUGGUGAGAAAAUUCAAAAUACAAACAAAAAAUCAAAUGGACAAGUUUGUCAAGGUUUUAUUGCUGCUCUUAAGGACGGAUUUGGCUUUAUUGAGACAGUAAAUCACGAUAAAGAAAUAUUUUUCCACUACAGUAACUUUGAAGGAGAUGCCAGUGCGUUGGAAUUGGGAGCUGAUAUCGAAUGUACAAUUAGUAGUUCUGGCAAUGGAAGAGGUUCUGGAGGUUGCGUAGCCGCCGAUCAUGUUAAAUUGGUGCCUCGUGGAAGUAUUCCUAGGCCGACACCAGUUAGCGAAGUGCUCGAUGGCACUGUCAUACGACCAUUGCGAAGCGCGAAUCCCGAGCAGACUGAGUACGCCGGCCUGAUAAAGAUCAAUCCUACUAACGAAGACGAGGAGACGCAGGAAUAUGAAUUCGGAAUUAUGGGUUUGUCUAACAAACGGGAGUUAUUGCAAGCUGGUGAUCCUGUGCAACUGCAAGUAGAUUCAGCCGGCCAUGCGUGUAAUAUCGUAGCCGUCAGAAAAAAGAGAAGAGCGACCGUGGACGCUGUGAAGGGCCCCUUCGGCUUCCUGGCCUAUGAAGUCGAUGAGGGCAAAAAAUUAUUCUUCCACAUAAGUGAGGUUAGAGAUCACGCCACGUUGCAACCAGGUGACUCGGUUGAAUUCGUCUUGGUUACUAAUCAACGCACCGGCAAAUCUUCGGCGUGCAACGUAACUCGAUUAAGCGAUGCGGUCCAGCAACGACCUGAGCGUCUGAUAAGUCGAUUACGUACUAUAUCUAUGGAAGAUACAGGCCCAAAAUUGACAGUAGUCAGGCAACCGAGAGGGCCCGAUGGUACGCGCGGCUUUAGCCAAGAAAGAUGCCAGCACACUCCUGGUGCCAUAGAGGAGUAAUUCGCCAUUGAGACGGGGUUAUCGAUUAUCCAAAUUGUAAUCUAUAUUAUUUGUUUUUAGUCCGUACACUUCAAUACCGAAAUUAUUAUUGUAAGCAUGAUCGUAAACGUUUGCCAAAUUCAGACUAAUGUGACAAAAAAUAAUUAUAACGGUAAUAAUCAGUGAAACUGGAUGGUGAACGAGGGCCGAAAGAGUAUAAGAGUAAAGGGAAAAAGAAAGAAAAUUAAAAAAGAACAACGACUCAUUUUAUCAUCUCAUUAAAGGGAGAAAACGAACAGGAAGUUUGUUUAAUAUUCGAAUAUAACGUUAAGACUUACUUCAAUACGCUCUCUUUGAUUAAUUUUUCCGCAUAUUCAUAAAUUUACUGCUAAACUCGUCUAUUCGAUGUUACUUUUCUGAAAUAAUCAAUAGUUUUCAGGAAUCAUUGAAAAAUUUUUGAUUAGUAUACUCCUUUGAUAGAAAUUUGGCCAAUACAUCAAUUUAUUCGGUUCAAAGUGCAGAACGCAGAAUGCAGAAAUAGAUCCCCAGAUUAUAUAGAAGUUUGGACCGCUGACAACCUGCCUGUUUGUAUGUUCUAAUGAUGACGCUCUGUCUGUCUUUAUUAAAAAAAAUAUAUAUAUACCUACACGUUGAUACACAAUUUUUAUUUAUAUAGUUUCCUUCGAAUUACUAACGUUUUACCUUGUAUACACACACAGACAUACACACAUACAUAAUACGCAAUAUGAAUUUACGACAGAUGAAUAACAGAGAAACAGGAAAUGAGAUUAUAUGCAAGCGCAGGUGUUGACUAUACGCGAUAUCGAUCAACGGUAAAAUCGAGGAAAAGUUUGUGCGCUGCAGAUACUUCACUGAAAAAAAAUUGAAUGUAUAAUAAUAAUUUUAUCGCGUUAGAAGCGGAGCGUUCCGUUACAAUGAAUUAUGAUACCGAGUCCACUCCGUUGAAGAUACGUCUAUGAAUUUAUAAAAAUGAAAAGGUAAAAAAAAAAAGAAGUUAUAACUGGCCAACUAUGUUUGUCUUAGAUAAUAUAUUAUAUAUAAAUAUAUAUGUACACACAUGUCGUUAAGUUCCUGAUGCAGUCUCGUGUUGUCGAAAUCAAAUUAGUAUUACGGAUUCUGUGGACAUGCAACGGUGAAAAUUACAAAAAAAAAAAAGAAAAACAAAGAAAAAAGAACUAUCUAUGUAAGGAACAAGUGGUUCACGUUUUAUAAGUUUUGCCAUCUGUGAGUGAUAAAUGAGGUAUACACGUGGCAUUAUCGUAGAGGUAUGUGAGUGAGAGUGAGAGUGAGAGUGUGAGAGAGAGAGAAAGAGAGAGAGAGAGAGAGAAAGAAGUAACAUAAAAUAACGUAAAGUACAUAACACAAGCACGAUACAAACCAAGCGCUUGUUGCAAAAGGAAGAAAAAGAAAAAAAAACACUCAUGGAUCCAACACAUCAUGUGCAUACAUAUUGUAAAAUUAUUGACGAAUAAACAGUGGAAGCAUCGAAAUAUAUGUACUACUUUCCACGAGA